AUGGAGAAGUUCCUUGUGUUUGUCUCCUUUUUGGUCCUGAUAAUCACUGUUACAGACACCUCACCAAUCGUGUCUGAAAAAGAUGCCAAACAGAUUCUGAGGACUCGUCGUGAAGGCAGGCCAAGGAAGGCUGGAUUCCCUGAUGAGCCAAUGAGGGAGUAUAUGCUUCACCUCCAGCGCCUGGAGCAGAGAUCAGAGGAACAAUUCCUGGAGCACUGGCUGAAUCCACAUUGCCUCCCACACUGCAACAGGGAUCUAGUGCACCCAAUCUAG